AGAGAAUCUUUACAAGGUUGACGUUGGUGGUCUGGUGACUGAAGGAACACUCUCCACCACAACACUGCAUCGUCACUCUUCAGAAUCUCUUCUUUCUCUGUUACUAUCGUGACUUUCAUUUGGUAGUGUUUCACCAUGAGCAAUAAGAUCAUGUAUUUCUCGCGUUCACCUUCAAAGUCUCAAGCUCAGAGUUCUCAAGGCACUAAUGUAAUAAUUCCUUCAGACUGUCCUCCUCAUCUUGUCAAACUAAUGCAGCAACAAAACUGCUUCACUUGUGGCCAAAUUGGACAUUGGUGUCGGUACUGUCCUUCCAAAUCCCCCAAUUCUAACUCCGUUUCGCCCUCUCCCAAUCAAGUUUCCCCACUUGCCCCCAACGCUGUACAGUGCCGCUGUGGCCAUGGCGCAUGCGAAAUCAAAACCGCACGCACUGGGAGGAACUACUAUACCUGCCCCAUCAAAAGUGGGGUAAAAUGUAAUGACUCUUUUAAGUGGUGCGAUGAACCUGUUGCUGAGAGUGAUUUGCAGCCUCCAGCGAUCAAGUAUCCUGAGUGUGCGUGUAAGGCUGGAGUCUGUAGAAGGGUUAAGGGUAAAGAGACAGAUGGGGUUUUUAAGUACUAUUUUACUUGUCCUGUUAAGAAGGGUCAUGGAUCUUGUGGAUACUGUGUGUGGGAGGAUGAGAUUAAACUGCUUGAUGGAAUAAGCAUUGUUCCUACCAAGCGAAGCAGGCAAAGGACUCUUUAUGAUUUUUGGGAGGGAUGCCAAAAUGAUGAAACUGAUAAUGAGCUGGGUAGUGAACGCAGAAAAAGGAUGAGAGCUGAACACUGUUCUGAGGAUCCCUCGGCUGUGGCUGACAUUCCAGACAAAGAAGAUUUUAUGGUUGAUGAUGAUGAUUUCGAGUUUAUAAACUCGUUAUCGAGGGAGAUUGUUGAGGAAGAAGCAUUUCUAUCAUUAUCUCAACUAUCAACAACUUCGAGGUUCCGUUGGAGACAAAUUAUGUUUGAGAGGCGCAUUUCCUCUGAUGAUUCAUUUGGUUCUUGUAGAAUGGGUUGGCUUGGCCGUCUUCUUUUCUUUCAUCCAGCUCAAAGUUUAAAUCCCCCCACACCUAAGCCUUUUUUCUGUUGCAUUUUCCCAUCCUUUAAUCCAAUAAUUGUCCCUAAACAGAGGAAUGUUUCUGAUGGUCCUUGCAACAAGCUUGCUAUAAAAAAUGUUAGUCAGCAACAUGCCCAACUUUCAACUGGUUUAGUUAGUCCCAGCAAAUUACAAUAUGGUGAAAGAAAGUCAAAGGCAUCAUGGCAUAGAGAAAUGAUCUUGUUCACACAGCAACAACUUCUAGCUGGUCUUGAAACCUUGGCUCCUCAGGAGCAUGAGUCCAUGAAAGAGGCAGCAGAAACCACUUUUGCAAUAUUAAAUGUUUUACAGGUUGACUACAAAAAGUUUUCUGAUCAUGUCUUGGACUAUAUCAGUUUUUCGUCAUCAAUUGCAGAAAUAGAUAAAUCCAUGGAAAAUUUGCUUAUUAUGGAAGAUCUCAACAAACUCUUUGAGGAGGAGAAAAUGAGAUUAGCUCAACUCCAAGAUAACCAUGUCAAGACCAAAGCUUCGCUUGAAGCAUCAAAAAGACAUAGACAAUUGCUAUGUGAAGAGGUCUCUAAUCUCGAGGCCAUGCUCAAUGAAAAACAAAAUCAAUUAAAGUUUUGUGAAGAAAGAGAGGCAAAGCAAAUUGCAGCUCAGGAAGCGCUGCAGAAGGCAAAACUUGAAUUGGAAAAUUCGUAACUCAGAAUUGAAGUGUAUGUAACACACCUUUUGUGAAUAGUGUAUAUAUUUAAGCUCACUAUUCUUAUUCUAGGUUAUGUAUCAGAUGUUAUAAUUGUAGGCUUUUGCUUCUAACACUGACAGCUUAAUGCAUGAAAUAAUUCAUCCUAGAACCUUUUAUGUUUA